GAGAAGAAGCGGAACAUGUUAGGAGAAGGAGGGAGAGGUGGGAAGGUAGAGGUAGGCAGACAGAGAGAGAUGCAGUUGUACAGUGAGAGCGUCAGCGAGCCUGCAACUCUUCAUCCUCUAAUCAGGGAACGGGAUAUGCUGUGGAGCAGUGAUGAACAGAUUCACCGCAGAGGCGGAAAAUGCAGAUAGGAGUUCACCUUGAGCUGGAGUCCAACUGUGCCUCAUUGGACCUUUGGGACUACAACUAACCCUCUUUAAUCAGACAAAUAAGAGCAAGUGGGAUUUAAUUAGACCUGACAGCCUGCCAAAAGAAAAGGGACCUCAGCUUCAGUAACUUCUGGACUGCAACUGUCUGCAGAGGCCAGAAUUCAAACAGGUUUGUGCUUUGGCAGAGGACUGUCACAGCUGUCUCCAUGUAGACUGUGGUAUCCAUCCUCCGCUCACCCUGGAACCCCACAAAGCCAAACAGGUCCCGCGGCUCCGGACCCCUGGAGCCGGCCUGACCUUGGACCAGCUGUCGCCCGAACCCCUCCUGGAACCAGCAGAAGCGUCCGGCAUGUCUCAGAGCAGAGGGCGGUACCACAACAAGAAAGCCGGCAUCCGGGCCGCCGUGAUUCUGAUCGGGCUUCUUCACAAAUCCCGCAAAGCCAAGGAGAGGGAGAAAGAGAGAGAGAAAGAGGAGGGCGAAGGGAAACAGGAACUGCUGAACAUCUCUAACGUCCCCCUGGGAGAAUGUCCCCCAUCGCCACCUCGCACAGCACCACCCAGCAUGAAGUCUGCAGAUUUCUUCGACAUGCUGGAAAAGAUGCAGGUCCCCAAAGCUGAAGACACCAAAAGAUGGAAGGAUGACUACAUCCCCUACCCACGGAUAGAAGAUGUCCUGGAGAAAGGCGGUCCAUACCCCCAGGUGAUCCUGCCCCAGUUUGGGGGUUACUGGAUCGAAGAUGCAGAGGCACCAGCAGGAACCCCGUCCUCCUCCGAGUCCAGUUUCUGUGAGGAAGAGGAUGGAGAUGAGGGCAUGAGCCCUGGCGGGGCGCGUAGCUACCGCCUGGAGUGUAACAGCACAGCUCGAGCCUACCGCAAACACUUCCUUGGCAAGGAGCACAUGAACUACUACUGCACGGGCAGCAGCAUAGGCAACCUCAUCAUGUCUCUGAAACACGAGGAGGCUCAGGGCCAGGAGUUUCUGCGCAUCAUGCUCAGAUCUCGGACCAAAACAGUUCAUGACAGAAUCUCUUUAGCUGGCAUCAGUCAGCUGCCCAGUGUGCCUCAGAUUGCAAAGCUGCUGUGUGACGACGCCCCAGGACUGAGGUUCAGCCCAGUUCUCUACCCGCGGGGGUCCCAGCUGAUAGUGGCGUAUGACGAACACGAGGUGAACAACACGUUCAAAUUCGGGGUCAUCUACCAGAAAUUUGGACAGACGUCAGAGGAAGAGUUAUUUGGAAACAACGAGGAGACGCCCGCUUUCAAGGAGUUCCUGAGCAUCUUAGGAGACAACAUUGAGCUCCAGGAUUUUAAAGGGUUCCGCGGCGGGCUGGACGUGUCUCAUGGACAGACGGGAUCUGAAUCCGUCUACACCGUCUUCAGACACAGAGAGAUUAUGUUCCAUGUAUCGACUAAGCUUCCCUUCACCGAGGGUGACGUGCAGCAGCUCCAAAGGAAAAGACACAUUGGAAACGAUAUUGUGGCCGCGGUCUUCCAGGAAGAGUCCACGCCGUUUGUCCCAGACAUGAUCGCCUCCAACUUUCUGCACGCCUAUGUUCUGGUGCAGGUCGAGAACCCCUGUACAGAUCACACCACCUAUAAGGUGUCUGUUACAGCAAGAGAAGAUGUUCCUCCUUUUGGGCCUCCGCUCCCAAACCCGGCCGUCUUCAAGAAGGGUCCCGAGUUCCGAGAAUUCCUGCUAACAAAGCUGAUCAAUGCCGAGAACGCCUGCUACAAAUCUGACAAAUUUGCCAAACUGGAGGGACGCACACGAGCCGCCCUGCUGGACAACCUGCACGACGAGCUGCACAGACAGAGCCAGGCGGUGCUGGGACUCGGGCAGAUGGGGGAGGAGGAUAAGCUGGAGAACGGCGGACAUGGGGGUCUGCUCGAAUCGUUCAAGAGGGCCAUGCGCGUCAGGAGCCACUCCAUGGAGACCGUGGUGGGUUCUCAUCGUCACCGGAGCCCCGGGGUGGCAGGUGGGGUCCCUGCCAGCCUCAGUGGCGGGGGAUUGCCACAAAGCACCAGUGAAUGCACAAAGAGCACCUUCACUCCUCCUGUUCUGUCAGCCAAAUCUCCUUUAAAGAGCCCAGUGAAACGGCGCUCAGGCCUCUUCCCACGUCUCCACUCCAGCACAGACGCUCCAUCAGACAAACACACACGCAGUGAUCAUAAACCAGCAGAGAUCUGCCCGCAUUCCCAAGAAGUGAGGUCAGAGACAUCAUCCAAUCCCAGCUCACCUGAGAUCUGCCCCAACAAAGAAAGGCCUUUCAUGAAGCACAAGGAAUGCAGCAGCGGCAGCAGCUGCAGGCCCAACAUCUCUCGCUCUUCGUCUAGCACCAGCAGCUUCAGCAGCACCACGGGGGAAACAGAAGCUCUGGAGGAGCUGGAGACGGUCAGUCAUCCGUCCAUCACGUCCACCUCUGCCUUCAGUCCCUCCCUGAGCAUCGACAGCCAGGGAUCAAGUACGCCUGUCAUCAUGUGCCGCAGUCCAACAGAUGGAAAAGGGAAAACAUCACCCAGGUCAAGUUUGAAGUUCCGCUUUGACAAAAUGAGCCACUCAUCCACAGCUUCUGAGUAGAUUUGUGGAAGGAAAAAGCAGCAGACUUCCUCAGUGAAGAAGCAGCGUGACUCUGAGGAAGCUGACUAAAUCACAUCACCAGAAAAAUAAAAACAUUUGUACAGCCUUUACUAAGAACCAUAAGCAAAAGGCUAAUCUGACUAGAGCUGCACGGGAGAUCCUGCGCACUAUAGACAUACUGAUAUAACUGUGAGUGUAAGUGAAGAAAAGCAGCUCAUACACGUUCACUGUCUUUGAAGCAACUAUUAGCUGCUUAAUCUAGCUGCAGCAUAACUCUUGUUGUUCCUAUGACUUGAAGGUCUUGGCAUGGCUGUAAAACUGUGAGUGUAGGGCGGGCAGUAGACGGCGCCUCAGCUUUUUCUUAGACAUCAUCUUUCAUACAAGUGUACAAGUUUAUGGCCGAACUGUUAGUCCUCAUCCAGCCAACUGUUGAGCACUCUGUGGAACCAACGACAGACCGCCGGAUGUCCCUUUUACCUUUACCCUUCAAUGGUACGUCUGCAGGCAGUUCCUCUUUUGCUUUGAGAAAAGAAACUGUGAGCAGAGGCUCUCCCAUAUUCACAAAGACCUAAUGUAUAGUCUACUUACAGUAGCAAAGCCUUGUGGAACUGUGGAGCCUGAACUUCUUCGUUAUGAAUAUUAACGCUUUUUUAGAGGACAGCUAUGAGUUUUUGAGACGCUUUUGUAACCUUGGUGCCCGUUGCAUUGUGUCCACAGCACUCUAAAGAUGUCUCCCAAGCAGAACAUUUCUACAUCUGUAGGGGUGACCCACAACACCCUGAUUAGACACAGUAGGAGACACUGCCAGCACAUUUUAGCCACAAGCUUAUUUUAGCCACAAGCUGCGCCUUACAAACUCUCCAAAGCCCUUUUUCUCUCUGCUUGUGCGUUCAAUCCCUCACCGUGUGAGAGGAUGAGAAGUUCCUGGAUCUGGCUACGGCACAGCUUGUGGGAAGCCAAACUACACCCACAUUUUCUGAAGGGGACAAAAAAGACGUUGCACUUACUGAAAAACAUUUCACCUCUGUGUACCUCCCAUUGAAGCUUGCUAGCUCGGUGUAUCAGCACACAUGCUCUAUGGUGCUUGUUUGUUUUUGUUUUUUUUAGCAAGGAAGUUUGCCAGUGAGGGAAUCAAUGAAGACGACUUGAAAAAUAUGCUCCACCAGGCCUUUGAACCACCUUUCAUAGAAGUUACUCUUAAUGUGAAUUACAGUCUUGUCAUUUGCGUUUAAUGCCAUGGUAGCUAUGGUUUCAAACUCUUUAAUUUGCAAUGAUAGUUCCUCUCAAGCACAACAGGGCCGUGAAUCUUCUGUGAUUGUCAGCUGGCUGUCGACAUAUUAACAUUAGCAUUAGACUUCAACAUUGACUUCUGUGUUUUUAGUCUGACCAAACUAGAAAGCAAUGAAUAUCGUGUUUUACUGCACAGGAAGCUGUUGGUGAAAUUGAAGACGGCUUAGCAAACUGAAGUUUCAAAGUUCACACGCAUUGCAAAUGUCCUCGUUUAUUGAGUUUUAACGUCUUGGGAAGUUGCUCUGGAUGAAGUUACUUGAAAUGUACGUUUUCAUAUACCUAGACUAGCGCAUCAUUUUGAAAUGGGAUAGGCCACCAAUUACCUCGUGCAAGGAGAGUAGGGACAGAAGGAACAGGAAGUUCUGUUUAUCAUUUUGUUUGUAGCGGUAUUGCCCAAAAAAUGUCCUGCAGCCAUUUUUCUCUGUCGACAUGCUUAAUUUAUUAUAGUAACUUCUUUUGCAUUGAUGUCAUGUACAAACAAAUCACUGCAGAAUAUGCUAAUUAAUUAAAGUAAAAUUAUAAAAAGAAAAUAUAUUAAUUUAAGAGAUGUCUAAAUAACGUAUAUGUAUAUUUGGUUAUGUAAUGUGCCACUGAGAAUUUAUUCUACAAUAAAAUGUUGUAUUUUGUGCCA